AUUUUAAAGAAAAUGGGGAACCAAUGUUGUACAGAAACGAAAGAGAAGGAGCUACCUAAUACCUUAAGGAGACUUCCUACUAGAAAGAAAGGGGAAGAAAUCAUCACCGAAGAGGAUCUUAUGUUCAAGGAUGAAGAGAUAGAAACCCAAACUAUCCCAGGAGACCUAUAUUCCGAAAUGGAGUCUGAAGACUCUGACAAUGAAGAAGACACUGACUGGGAUGUCUAUGAGAAAGACGUCACUUUCGAAAGGAAGAAGGGUGCCGUACUGAUGUUCAAAAAGGAGAUCUUACAGGAAGCUUUGUCAAGAAGUUCAAAGAAACUUCGGGAAAUUCAUAAACAAUUUGGCCCUGCCAAAUUGAAAGCUCAUGACAUUCCAAGCCAGAUUGACCAGGACGAAGUUGAAUUCAGAAACGAAGGAAUCCAAAACCCAAAUGGAGACAUUUAUGUGGGGGAGUUUAGAAAAGGCACGAAUAUUCGUGAAGGAAGAGGCUUCAUGAUCUCCAAGGAAGGGCACAUCUAUGAAGGGUUCUGGAUCGAUGACUGCAAGAACGGCUACGGAAGGCUAAUUACUGAAGAUGGUUGUGUCUAUCAAGGGUCAUGGAAAGAUGACAAGUCUGAAGGCAAAGGGCUUUACUUCUCAAACGCUGGUCUGAUCUAUAAGGGAGAAUGGAAAAAUAACAAGUGUCAUGGAAAGGGAUUUGAGAAAUAUGACGACGGGUCUAAGUUCAAAGGUCAUUUUCAGAAUGGAGAAAAGUCAGGCAAGGGAUACUUUAAGUGGAAUGAUGGCAAAGAGUACAGAGGAAUGUUUAAGAAUGGAAAAAGAGAAGGUGAAGGAGAUAUUAAAUGGGAAGAUGGACGCUCUUACACUGGUGAAUGGGCAAAUGAUCAAUUUAAUGGGAAUGGAACCUACUCAUGGCCAGAUGGAAAGAAAUACACAGGACAAUGGAAAGAUGGUAAACAACACGGUAGAGGAACUUAUACAGCUGCUGAUGGUUCAGAGAGACAAGGUCAAUGGAAUUCAGGAAAAAGGAUGAAGUGGUUGAAUUAAAUAAUUCUCAAAAUCUAGAGUUAUUCUUCAUCUCUGUUGAACAAUUUGCU